AACUGCUGUCCUCUGUGGCAAUUAAUCUAAUGAGGUCUGUUUAUUGUAGGUUACCUGCAAGUGUCAGAUGAAGAUGGAAAACCGACACUUGGAGGACCACAAGGCGUUCGUGUGCCUUCUCCGACUCGUCCUAUGCCCUUAUUGUGAAAUACAACUACCUUUGAAAGCCAUGGUUAACCAUGAGCUUUACUGUGGAACACGGACAGAGAAGUGUGAGAACUGCCACCGCUACAUAUUGGUGAGAGACCUGAAAGAACAUCCUCAGGUCUGUGGGCUAGAAGGGAUACAAACCCAAGGAAGUGCACCAUCUGACUUCACGGAUGAAGAUGAGGAUGCAUAUUGGCAAGACCUUUGGUACAGUGCAAGCGAAUCAGGAACAGGUAACUGUGCUGGGCCAUUGUGGGGAAUGCCCAAGGGGCUAGAAAAGCAGAUUUAUAGCAGCUGUGUAGGGGACACCCCUUAAGGACAUUAGCAGAAGCAAUGUUUCAGCAGCACAAAGAAAUUAGAGGCGAGGUGAGGUGC